AGGACGAGGAGGCGGGGAUCGCUGGAGGAUAAUGAGGCGACUUUGGUUACCUCUGGAGUCUGGAUUCAGUCCGACGGCUCCACUUGUUAACUUGUUGACAGAGGAAGGAAAUGUCUCCACCAAGAUGACCAUCUCUCUCCGUGGUCUGCUGUGAUAGUCAGCUGAAACUCCUCCUAAGCGUCACUGUUGCCCUCUGUGUCACAGCCUCCGAAAUAAAUCAGGCUCUGCAAAACCCACACAGGACCUCUGAGAUAUAGAUCACUUUAAACGGUAGAAAUCUCAAAAUAAUUUCACGCUCGUCUUUUUUCUUUUUUUUCCCCCCAAAGAACAAAGAAGCUGCACAUCUAAUUCUGGACAUUCAACCUUCGGCGGAAUGAAUAUCAUCCUUAUCUCCUCACUGCUGGACGUAGCCGCGUUGGUUCUCCAAGUUGCUGCACUUGAAGAGCCCCGGGAUCCUGUUGUGUCCGCGCGGACUCCGGGGUCGAACAUUUACCUGGGAGAGUGCGUGUGGCUGCGGUGCGUAGUGGAGUCAAAUUCCACUUUUAAGUACAGCUACCAGUGGCACAGGGAAAAACUGCACAGUGCCGCUUCCCCCAACCCCACUGGAGUAACAAGGGAAGAUGCGGGCAACUACCGGUGCAGAGCAGAGCCUAAGGAAAGCAACACCAGCGUGGUGCUCAACGGCAAGAUGACCUCGCUCAUUGUGUCAGAGCUGACACCUCCUUCACUGACUCUGACUCGCAGCCACACACAGACCUUCAAAGACAAGCAUUUUGUGCAGUGCCCCGUAUCUAAGCCUAACUCCACAGGCUCGAAGCUGAAACACUUCUCUCCAAGCCAUUCAAAUAGAACCACUGUCUCCCGAACUGACGUUUGUCCGCCACUCGAGGGUGUCGUCACUGCAAACAAGUCGUGUGUCUUCACUGCUGCCAGUGUUAACGGUGGACUGUACUGGUGUGAGGGCGCCAAGGGCUGCACCCGCACAGUCAAUGUCACAGUGAGCGGUGAGAAAGUCAUCUUGAAGAUUCCAGCCUACCCAGUAACUGCGGGCAACACAGUGGUCUUGCACUGUCUGAAUCAGACAGGCAACCACAGCAAAAUAUCGUUCUUUAAAGAUGGAGAAUUGGUCACUUUAAAUUCUUCCACUUCAGACGGACUCUCAAUGACUAUUGAGAAUGUCACAAAGGAAGAUGAAGGUUUCUAUAAGUGUGCUUCUUCGGAUGGAAAGAUAGAGAGUCCAGAGAGCUGGUUAUCAGUGCGAGGCAGCCUCAGAUCAACAGAUGCCUCCUCUAAUGGCUCCUGGAAAUGGAUCAUUGUGCCAUGCGUGGUUCUUCUGUUUCUCAUUCCUCUUACAGUUUGGCUAGUUCAUCGUUACAGGCACAAGAUGUUUCAUACUAAAAGCUGGGAAUUGUCUAAAGAGGACAUACCAGCAGUGGCACUUCCCGUAACCAAGCAGGAUGUGACAGAAGUACAGUGGGACUUGUCUUGGAUGGAGAUGUCCAAUCUGCUGGACAAAUAGACGGAUCUUGGUACUUUGAGGAUCACUCUCCUCUGAAGCUUACACAAACGUGUACAAACUGAGAUGCUUCUAACACAAUUUAAGAGCCCUUUUCUUUUCAAAUGUUAGCAGAGAGUAACAUCUAGUCUUGCCCUGUGUUUUUUUUAAAACUUUACCCACAUAACCUACCAGUGGUUUGUAAAUAAUGUUUCUGUUUGCUGACACUGACAUUGAUGAAUGCGUUUCAUAUUGAACCAUUUUAAAUUCUACUAUAUAUGUGAAUAAUAGUUAAACAAUAGAACAGUUACAAAUCUGGUUCAGUGAUCUAACAUACAUUUAUUCAUAUAUUCAUGAUUUUAUUGUCUAUAGUACUAUAAAUUAAUUCAGUGUUCAGUGCAGGCCUUUGCUGAUAUUCUACUAGGUUUUCAAAUCAGUUUAAUUCACUUUCUGGUUAUACGUCUCAAUGUCACUUCCCUUGAUAAUAAUUUGAAAAGCACAGCCAUCUGCUUUGCCAUAUGUCUUGAGGAGUCAAGACUCAGCUGAAACACGUAUUUUAUAUCACACAUUAGUUUCCCUGCUUGUUUGUUCUUAAGUUACUUGUGUUGUGUUGUGUUGUCUGAUUACUAUGGCACUUCACUGAACUCUUUUGUAAAGACGGGAGACAAUUACAAAGAGGCAAAAAGGAUGUCAGGAUGACUGUAAUGGCAUGACUCACGCGUGAAUAUACGUUUGUACUUUAAAUGAAGGGCAUGAUACAAAAUAAACACAUAUGCAGUACAUUUAUGGGAUUGAUUGAAUUCAUUCACUGAUUUCAUUCAAGUAGAACGCCAUAAAGAGAUAGAAACAAAUGUCCUCUUUUCUCAUGAUGUUCUAAAUGCUGGUGGACUCAGUGACCACUAAUCUUUAAUCUUCUGAGUGAGCGCAUCUGGGGGCACUCUGACAACAGUGAUCAGGGUUUUAAAUGUUCAGUCUGCCACAUCAUGUAGAAAAAUGUUUUGGUAUUAUUUUUCCAAAGACAUGUUCUCUACAAAGACGGCUGUUCCAUUCUAGUGGGGAAAGGACAAAUCUGCCAUUUUACAAAGGUUUCAGUUUUGUCACAUUCAUCUGAAGAGGUUGCCUGGUACUGGUGUGACUAAAAUGAAUACAGCAUUUGUUACGCUGCACUGCUGUUGCUUAAGACUUGACUCAGAUGCAGAGAGAACAGGUUCAAAACAUCAGUGUCACUUUUGACAUUUGCUUUCAUGUAUUGCAUAUUGUACCAUGAACUGAAUAUAUGAGAAUCUUUGCAGACAAUGUCCCAUUGUUGUUGGUUAGUCUCUGAUUUAAAAAUGUUGAUUAGCCCAAAGCAAAAUGUCAGUUGGUGCUCUAGUUUUUCAAAUCUCUUACAAACAUUUCCAAACUCUCUUUUGUGUGUUCAUUUGGGAGUGAAGAAAAUCAGCUAGAAAUAAAAAAUAAAUAAAUAAAUAAAUAAAUAGUAUAGGGCUUCUGUGUUAAUACAACAAAUACAAUUCAGCACGACAAAGACAAGACAAAGAGACGAUGUUAGUUUGAACUCUGCUACAACAUAAUAAAUGAGCACAAGUUACAUCUGCUGUACUUGUAAUCAGUGCAGUUCAUUAACUCCGCUGCAACUUAAGUCGAAAUAAUGUUCACACAUGAACCAAAAAUUAUGUGACUUUCAGAAAUUACACAACAAAGCCUUAAUCUGUGCAGACCUUUCUUGUUCAGAGUGAGCUUUCAUACGUUCAGGUUUAAAAGUCAGAUGGCUUUGUUAGUCUGGAAGUUCUGAUAUGUGGCCUCUCUGCAUGCAGUUUGAGAUAUUCAGACUGGAAGUAUGCCUGAAUACUUGUUUUUCUCAAAAUAUUUUUUACCUGGAGAGAGACUUAAUUUGCUCUGAGCUCUGGAAGAAACUUGGCGAGGUAUA